AUGGCGAACCCAAAGGUCUUCUUCGACAUUUGCAUCGGAGGUGAGUUAGAGGGUAGAAUCGUCAUUGAACUCUUCAACGACGUCGUUCCCAAAACCGCCGAAAAUUUCCGAGCUCUCUGCACCGGCGAAAAAGGAAUCGGUCCCAACACCGGCGUUCCCCUCCAUUUCAAAGGCUCAUCUUUUCAUCGCGUCGUCAAAGGCUUCAUGAUCCAAGGCGGCGACAUAUCCGCCGGCGACGGAACCGGCGGCGAAUCAAUCUACGGUACGUAUUUCGACGACGAGAACUUUGACCUAAAACACGAGCGGAAAGGGAUUUUAUCCAUGGCGAAUACCGGUCCCAACACUAACGGUUCUCAGUUCUUUAUUACCACUACUCGUACUCCUCAUUUGGAUGGAAAACAUGUGGUUUUUGGGAAGGUUGUGAAAGGGAUUGGUGUGGUUCGGUCUGUUGAGCUUGGUGUUACGGGAGAGAAUGAUCGUCCGGAGCAAGAUGUUGUUAUUGUUGAUUGUGGUGAAAUUGCGGAAGGAGAGGAUGAGGGGGUUAUUAACUUUUUUAAAGAUGGGGAUACUUUUGCUGAUUGGCCGGUUGAUCUCGAGACGAAACCGGAGGAGCUUGAGUGGUGGAUGAGUGCUGUUGACUCUAUCAAAAGUUUUGGGAAUGAACAUUAUAAGAAGCAAGAUUAUAAGAUGGCUAUCAAAAAGUAUCGCAAAGCUUUGCGCUAUUUGGACAUGUGUUGGGAGAAGGAUGGUGUAGACGAAGAGAAGAGCAAUGCUUUAAGGAAGACAAAAUCUCAAAUCUUCACCAAUAGUUCAGCCUGUAAACUAAAACUAGGUGACCUUAAUGGAGCUUUACUGGAUUCAGACUUUGCAAUGCAUGAUGGAGAUAAUGCGAAAGCUUUGUUUCGCAAAGGCCAGGUGUAUAUGAUACUCAAUGACCUAGAUGCCGCUCUUGAAAGCUUCAAAAAAGCAUUAGAGUUGGAGCCAAAUGAUGGAGGGAUAAAAAAAGAGUAUGCAAUUGUCAGGAAAAAGGUUGCUGAUAGGCGUGAUCAAGAGAAAAAAGCUUAUUCUAAGAUGUUCAAAUAG